AGGCCGCCAGAAGGCUCGCGCAUGCGCGCAAAGCCGCAGCUGAUCAGUUGCUCGCGGCAGCGAUAAUGUCCGGUGUGUUUUUGCUAUUGUCUUGACGAAUUACGGUAUCGCGAGCGAACAAAGUUUUCGUCGAGGAGUCGAAGCAUCGCGGAGUGGGCCAAGAGCAUUGCCUCGACAAGUAUUUACGUUGUUCUUCGUAAAUGGGCACGGCUUACGCGAUCCUAACCUAACUCACGCAGCGGCUGGGUAAAUACGUGGUGACGUGACGUUUGAGAUUAGUCAACGCGGACCGAACUUCGUUUUGUACCUCGAGAACAGACCGUCCGUGUUUUGUCGCGAACUGGUUGCGCGCCCGAUAUCUCGAAUUAUGGCCGACGUAAAUUCUCAGUGAAACGUCAACGAUAAAACGCAGGAAAUUUUUGAUCAAUUCGGACAUAAAGUGUCCGACGACCGGAAGGGGAACCAUUGGGACGAAAUUAUCGGACGGCUUCGAUCGACGAUCGUUUUCCUCGCUGUUCACCGGUUACCAUUUCCGAGCAGAGGAAAAUGAAUAUCCAGACGCCUUACUUGGACGCCAUUCAGGGUAUACCCGGCGCGACACCCGGCGAAAAGUACAAAUGGAUAGCGAAAGUGGUGAAGGAACGAUUGGCGGAGUGCAACAGUCUCGAAGGAAUCAUCGAAUCAGAAAAAAUCCCGCAGUUACUCAUGCCCCUGGUGCAAGCACAGGCUGCCCAGAUGCUGAUCAAGAAGGACCCAAAGAACAUGAGCAUCUACACCGCCAUCGCCGAGGCUCUGAAAUCCGAGGACGCGACAAUAGUAAACAAAGCCUUGCAAGCCUCGAGCUUCUUCGACGGAACCAACAAGACCAUCACCAACGUCCGAUACUUCUUCGACCACUUAUUCCCCUACGUUACCCUGAACACUAGAUUGCGCAUUAUAAAGACCCUAGCCAUCCGUCUGGCGCCAAAGGAGUCCGCCCUCGCCGAGGAAUUCUUCAUCGCGGUCGCAGGCUCUUACGGUCUCGAGCAAGCGUUGCCUCUGCUACCAGCCUGCAGCGAGACCUUCAUGUACAACACGAUCGUAGAAAGGAAGAUCGUUCUCAGUCGCAAGCUCUUGGACACCAUCUUCCACAAGAACCCCGACUUCGUGGUACGAUAUUUAAGAUUGAGCAAGCCAAACCCAGACCGUAACACCAGGAACCUCCACCCAGUGAACAUUCACGGGUGCGGAGACUUCUUGGGUGCGCUGGUAAAGAAACGCCUGAAAUCGUUCGUCGAGCUGUACGAGAUGCACGAGAAAUCUCCACCGGCUGUUCGUCUCAGCAACAAGGCCGCGGAGGCUCUCCUGAAGAACGGCAAGGAGUACUUUCGACAAAAACCAAAGCUGUAUAUUAAAUUGGUGCCGUUGAAACUGGUCAGCGCGAAGCUCAUAGAGUCCGUUUACUGGAAGUUGUUCCCAUGCAGCGUCUUGGACUUCGACGCGGACAAGAUGUUGGAUUAUUUACAGUACUAUCCGAGCGAGAAGAAGCUCGACCUAUUCCUGAACUCGUAUCGCCGGGUAUACGGGAGAAAUAUCCUCGACGAUUGGGAGAGGGUGACGUUCCAGUUGAUGAGGAUGUUGCCCGCCGAGGAUCGAAUCAGACAAGCGAGGAUCAAGCUGGAGAAGGGGGACAACACGGCUAGCAGGAUGGAUUAUAAGCAUUGCUGGAGGUGUUACCUGCCUACCAAGGAAUCGCUAACAAUUAUCAAGGAGGAGAUAGCGAAGACCUCGGAGAUGGAGUGCAGGGCGGCCCUGAUCUGCCAAAUGAUCUACUCCUGCAGAGUAAACAAGGACGACGACGCUUUGUUGGACGUGUUAACGUACACCAGGGACAGACACAAAAACGAACAACCGUGGUUCCUGAUGAAAGUGUUCGAGUGCUUGUUGAGCCUCUACGAUCUUCCCCAUAUGAGCAGCAAUCACUGGACGGUUCUCAUGGACGUCAUCAUGCGAGCUGUGGUGAAGAAGGAGCUGACAUCUAUGAACAUAACCGGGAUUAGGAUGAUCGAGGCAGCUAUUCACUACAGGAUCAUCUACGACCAACCUAUAGAUCAGCUCAUCAGCGUGCUCGUAGACGUGAAAAGCUCGCGAUCCACUGGACACUGGAAUAUUCUCAGAAAGUACCCUGAAUACGAGAGAAUGUGCCUCGACGCCUGCCUUGAUGUAUUCUCGAAAUCCUACAACUCCAACGAGCCUCCCUGGAAGAACAGAGAUGGAAUAAUCUACGACCUCUGCAGCUCCAUCUACGAGUUCAACGAGCACCACGUGAACCACAGCCAGAGCCACAAGCACAACGCUCGGAUAGAACGGAUGUCCGUGAACAACUAUCCCUGGUUGGUGAAGGAGAUCGAGAGGAUAAUGCAAGGGAACGACGAGACUGCCUCCUAUCUAACCGGCAGUUUUCGAUUCUUGCUGAAAAAGCACGAGAAGGAACUCUGCAAGCGUUUCUGCGCGGAGGAGAAGACUGCGAGCAUCGCCGACAUCGAGUCAGGAGAGGCUCUCGCCUUGCUGAAGAAGCACCCCGAAAGCAUUCUGUCCAAGUGGAAGGAGUAUCUCGACGAGUGCCAGGAACAUUGGUACUGCGUGGGCCGGCAACGUUUCGUGAGAUCCACGCGCUGGUACAACGACAUCCCCAUGAAGUUCGUCGAGCAGUGUCUUCAGGAUUUAACGAAGAGAAAGAAGGGGAUGGCUUUGAAGGUCCUGGCUGUCCUCGUACACGGCGAAACGUUCACAAAGAUCAUCGAGCCGUUGAUCCCCGAAGAGAAGACGAUCGAUGUUCACCACGAGGACGCUCAGAGUGAUUAUCUCCUCGUGCAUGACGCCAUCUCCGGCAUCAAAUUCGCGAAUCCCCCGGUACCGUUGACGCUUAUAGGCAAACUAUGCGCCGGUGACUACUUGUCGAGCGCUCUGCUAGCUCUGACAAACGUCUGCAGGAGGACCUCGCUGAUGACAGUCACGAACUUCGCAAAGAUGUUGACCAGCCAGAGGGUGUCCGUUCGAAAACACGGAAUCAGGUUGAUGCACAUGGUAGCGUCGCGCGACCAGCUGCACGACUUUCUCCUCUCGCAAUGGAAAACCGAAGAGCACUACUCCAUUCGAGAAGUUCUAUUUAAUAAAGCUAAUGACUUGUUUCGGGAAGAACCCGGACCAGCCACGUGGGCGUUGCUGAGUCAAAUGAUAUCCACCUUCACGGCGAAGGACGUGGACGCUAUGCCCACCGUGAUCAAGGCAAUUUCUAAGAUACCCGAUGACUAUCUCGAGGACUUCGUCAAGCUCGUGCUAAAGACCAUCGACAACUUCGCGGAAGCUGGAGUUCCUCAAGAGACUGUCACAAAGAACAUCAACUCCUUGCUGCAAAGCAUCAACGAGGCCAUAUGCAAUCUUCUACCUGAAGAGUUCAUCGAGCAACUCCUACGAAGAUUUCUUUUUCAUCCCGAACAGGACAUCUCUGGGCCCACGGGAACGUUCGUGCUCGUCGCGUUCCUGCUACCAGCCAAGGAUAAACUGUACUCUCGAAUGACGAUCUUCUCCAACGUCUUCGUCGAAGCGGUAAAGAACCGUUGGAACGUACCGCACCCUAAAAAAUCGCACUUUUUCCCCGUGAAUCACGCCGUUCAGGAAAUCAUUACCGAACUAGUUUGUUUCGCCAUGCACGUGCACGUGGAUCCGCGACUGAUCGACGAGACGAUGAAGAUGUUCCUCAGCGUCCUCACGCCGCAGACUGACGCCACCUCUUACUUGUUGAUGGUGUUCGCGAAGGAACAAAUGUCCGUGAAAACGCCCAAGGAGUUCGGAGCUAAGUUGGGCCAAAAGUUGCCCGAAUUGAUCGCCAUUUUCUCGCCACUGUUCCUCUUCUUUGUAUCCGACACGCUUUGGAACUUCCUCCUGUCGAAUCCUUUCAAAGAUUACGAGUCGGAGGACAGUAAUUUGGGGAUUAUCGAAGGACUCGCGGAGACUGGAUCGAUCGAGGCUACGUUGAUGGCGGUUAAAUUGUUAACUCCUGUUAAUUCUAAGGACUACGUGACCAGGUACGACCAGUUGGUAAGGAAGUUCACCUCGUGCGAGCAUCCGGCGAUCAGGAGUCUUAUGUGUAAUAUUCUUAACAAAACCGGGUACGAUGACUCGCCCGAUGUAUGAAUUAGGUUCGCGAACGAAUUCGUUGAACGGAACAAUCGAUCGAUGGGUGCAGCGUACUUUUAAUGUGCAUCCGAGCAACCGUGAUGAAUGGUUGGUAUUUUUUAUUUUAAGAGGAGGAGUAACCAUGAGAAACGGAGCUAUAUUCGACAUUUUCUUUUUCAAAGACGAUUUACUUAAUGGAUCGUCUGUUUGCUGGCGUUUGUUAUACGUGUAUCGAAUAAUAAAAAUAUAAUUUUUAUUCGGAUUCUUUUAGGUAAAGUAGCGAUGCUGGAACCAUUGCGCGCCAAGUCUUUUUCGAACGACUGUCUGAUAGGUUUGGUUAGAUUUGAAAUAAAAUACCGAGCGUUUUAUAAGCAAUUUCAAAUUGUAGAAAAUGAAAAUGCCUGGUUUUUUAUUCGAGGUUUAAUCAUACCCGAGAACCCUGAUCGUUUCGUAAUGGUUUCAUUAAAUAAUAUCUAACUAAUAAUUACUCUUUCAUUACUCGAUACGCGUGUAAUAAACUCCAGGAAACAAAUGUUCCAUUAAGUAAAUUGUUUUCGAAAAGAAAAUUGUCAAAUACAGCUAUGAUUUCCAUAUGGGAUGACCCCCAUCCUUUAUGCUAAAAGACUCGAUGAAAAACAGACGAUACCGCAAUUUAUUUUGUCGUCGAACGUAUUUUUCUACUGAGCGCAAAACGUUUGUCGCACACUUAAACAUACUAUUUAAUGUUAUUACGAUAUGUACAUAUAUUGCAUUGCGAAGCGAUAUGUGGAUUUGAUACACACGAUGGAACAAGAUUGUUUCUCUACAACAUUUUUUGUAUGUAUACAUUUGGAAUUUAUUAAAAGCCGAAGUUCAUGGCGAGCAAAAUGUUAUCGUUAUUGUGU